GCACCAUUUAUGACUCAACGAUUUUUAUGUAUGCAAAACCCUAUGCCUACCGACAAAGAUUAUAUACUCAAACUCUAUAAUCGGUUAGCACUCAGUGUAUGGAGUUUAAUGCAUCCACAUUAUUACAGAUAAUUUUCUACAAGGAGAUAAACAUCUUAUCUGGGUAUUAUGACGUCACCCAUGAGUCCAGAAAUACUUGGUGCUUCACUGAAAGGAAAAGUUGCCGUCAUAACGGGAGCAAGCUCGGGUAUAGGAGCAGAAAUUGCCCGACAUUUCGCUUCGCUGGGAUGUCUAUUGGCCCUGACAGGACGUAACAUGGAAACACUUCAACAAGUCACCAAUGAAUGUUUAGCCAGAGGUCUUGGCAGCGAUCAGGUUUUACAAAUUCAAGCCGACUAUGGGGAAAGAGACGCCGUAAAGAAAACUGUGGAACAAAUCAUCCAGAAAUUCAACCAGGUUGAUGUUUUGGUGAAUAAUGCUGCGGUUUAUGCAACGAACACGGUAGAAAGCAUGACCUUGGAUAAUUUUGACCUCACCUUCAGAGUGAAUGUUAGAGCACCCCUUGAACUCACCCAACUCCUUACACCAUAUCUCAUCAAAUCAAAAGGAACUGUUGUGAACAUAUCCAGUGUCAUAGGACGCCGAUCAAUAGUCAACGAAUUGAUUUAUGGGAUGUCAAAAACUGCCUUAGAUCACAUGACAAGGUGUACAGCUGAAGAAUUGGCACCUCAUGGAGUCCGUGUCAACACAGUAAACCCUGGUGUUAUUGAGACUCCGCUGUUCAAGCGAGAAUUGGGCAUAACAGAAGAACAAGUAACACAGUACUUUGAGAGUUACAGCCGCUCCCAUCCGAUGCGCAGAACCGGUAAACCAGAUGAUGUAGCUCGAUUCGUCACAUUUCUGGCAUCUUCUGACUCGUCGUUUACCACUGGAGAAACAGUAGGUAUUGAUGGAGGGCAUCACCUCAUGGUCUCAGAUAUCGAGAAUUAGAGAUCUCAAGAAUGUAAUUGUAAUGUAUUUUAUGACAACGUACCCAAUCAAGAUUGAUUUGCACUUUUGUUAAGCCCCUUUCACAAUUAUUGGUGGAGCGACUGCUUACAACCAUUGUGAUUCUGUGCAACAUAAUUAUCAUGGCCAAAAGAUGCAGUCAUGAGCAAUUUAGUCCAGGAUAGAAGAGGCAUAACCUUGUUUUUUUAUAUAUACAAUAUUUUUUGAUGGUUUCUUGUCAAUUCGAGGGUGCUGAUUACGAAUCUGAAUGAUGCCACUCGUGUAACCUUGAGCAUUUUCCGCAAAUUAGCAAAAUCCAAUAUGGCCGCCAAAAUAUACAAAUUACCCAUGAAAAUCAUAAAAUUGUCCGCACAUUGGCUAUAUGAAAUUCAUGAAAUUGUGUGGCAGGAGUGAAAUACUCUGUCAAAAAAUGAUUUUUGACAAAAUAUUUAUUUUCCUGAUAUUCAAAAUGGCCGCCAUAGGCCCCUGUAUACUCUAUUAUGUACAAUAUGAAUAGGGAAAACUAAUUUUCACAUUAAUGAGCACUAAACUGCAAAACAUCGCGAUGUAUGAACGAAGUAGUAUAUGCAAAUCAUCAUUACUAACGAGAUAUAUCAUUUAUUAUGUCAUAUAUGGGAACAUUGCUGUAUUUUGAUAUCUAAAAUAGCCGCCACUGGCCCAAACAGUAUUGCGUAUAAUGGUAAUGGGGGCCAAACAAUUCACAAGAGUGAUCACUAAAUGCAUAUUAUUAAGAUUAAAUGAGUGGGAUACUGACUAAAAACAUAAUUGUUAACGAAAUAUAUUAUUAAUAUGCCAUGUAUGUGAUGAAUGUUGUAUUUUGAUAUUCAAAAUGGCUGCCAAAGGCCCUAAAAGUAUUAUGCACAAUGAGAAAGAGGAGCAAAGAAAUCACAAGAGUGAGCUCUAAAAUGCAUAUAUAUGUGAUAAAUCAAUGGGAUACUGUCUAAAAACGUAUUUUCUAACAAAAUAUAUUGUGGCGUAACCGAGCUCUGUUGGGGUAGCGUUCUGCCGUCUCGCAGUCUCUAGAACCCGGUCCACGCUGUUCUUCACUCAUUCAAUUGUUUUGGGGGGCAGAUUCUCUCACAAAAGUCUAUUGUAUAACGUGGUAACCUCUCUUCCUCUCAGACCUCUCUGAAAUACAUCGAAUCAAGCACUAUAACACUCACCUUAUAAAGAAAGCACAGUGGAAAGAUCUAGUGUACGGUGUAAGUCUUAGUUUAAUAUCGGGAGCUACUAUUUACAACUGCACGUACGUCAUCACAGCUCCGAGCGAACUGACGUACUUCUCCAUACCAAGUAUCACAACAUAAAAAUAUCGCCCUCUACGAUCAACUAUGAAAUACAUCUUAAAGGUAUAACUCAUUAUGCUACACAGCCCCUCCCCAAGUCUGGGCUGUCCUCGGACCAGGUAUAAAACUAAAAAGACUAAAAAUAAAUCCUUUCAAAACUCAACUCACCCUUCAAGAGUGAAACAUCUUUGGCAGAAACAAUAAGUACAAAAAAAAUAUUUAAAACAAAUAUCGUUAAGAAUAUACAGGUAUAUACAGGUAUAGCAUAAAAAGAAAGCACUCUUCUUAACACACUUAUGAGUUUGAAGACAUCUCUAAGACUUCCUAAAGAAAACCAAAUAACAUUUUGAGUUUCAUGUCCAAACAUGAGGUAUUAAAUGUUUUGUAUAAAAAGUAGAUACUGAUCUUUUUUUCUUUCAACUGCAUGAUCGAUGACAUCAAAAUAUAACUUUAAUCAAGCACUGUCCUCCCAAAACAAGAACAAAGUGAUAUAUGUACAGAAAUAUAUAGAAAAAGCGGAGAGAGUUGUAGAGAGAGCAGGAAAAAAUGUAAAGAUGAGGAGGAUAUAGGAAAGAUAAGAAGAAAGGCAAGGAAGACAUAAUAGUAAAUAGAGUAUAACAUACAUCAAGGCAAUAAAUCGGAAUACAAAAGAACAAGACGGAAUGUUUCUCACGGAAGAGAUACUGUUUUUUUUUAUAUAUUACAAAAGUUCUUAAAAGUGUUCUGGAUGAUGAGAUCUUUAGCUGAUCAAUCUGUUUCGGCCUUGGUUGUUCCCACCAUCAUAUCCACCGUAAACUCCUUCAUGACUUCGUCCUCCGAUACUAAUUCUCCAUUUCGGAACACUCGGCGCGUGGUUUUUUCGGUGAUAGUUUUUAGGUUUCCGAUAAGUCCACGCUCCAAAUCCUCUACGGACAUAGCCGGACCCACAUGCCCCUCACGUACAUGAUUAAUCUUGGUGUAUGAAGCUUCAGGGACCGACUCGACAGCUUUUACCACCACCAUGUGGUAGGUCCGUGCCUUUUCCUCGUAAAUGGAUUUCGAUCCUCCGGAAAACACGUAUGCCGAACUAUGUUCGGCUACUCGGACUAAGUUCCCUGCUAAAAUCCUGGUCGGUUUCAAGUCACCGAUAGGCUUUCCCAACUUCACUUUCUCAGGCAAGUCCAUGCCCCCCUCCUGUUCAUCUUCAAGAUCGGACUCAGACUCCUCAGACUGCUCAUCCUGCACCUGUUGACGCAGGAGGCUAAGUGGUUUCCCACUGAGUCCUGGGCCCAUUUUCCAAGAAUUUACCGCUUCCAUAGUGCCAGGAGAGACGUCGACUUGAAUCUCUGCUUCAGCAAUGGUUGGCUCUUGUACCUCACUGCAGAUCCGAGUUGUUGUCUUCUCCUCAUGUUCUCGAGUUUCCCGACCUUUUUCACGUUCACGUUCUUUCCCUCCUUUGUCGCUCAAGUGGACUUCCGACCUCACUUUUGAACGUCUCUCAUGACUCACCAUGUGGGCCCUAAGGUUAUCUCUGCGGGAAUACCCCUUCUCACAAAUGUCACAAGUAUACAGCCUUUGACGUCGAUGUCUCUCGUCGAUGUGUCGGUGCAGACUCCUUUUAUGUGAGAACCUCGCUCCACAGUCGAAGCAUUCAAAGUCAGACGCCACCCGGUGCCUCAUCUUGAACCACUGUAAUCAGAAGAACAC